UGGUUUCCUAUGUUUUCAUCAGAGAUCUUCCAUGGCUGCGCUCAAGGGGUCAUUAACGGUUUUAAAAGAGCGUCAGAGUAUGUUCGUUUAGGACCGCACCCACAUUGUGAUAUGCGCGGGCGAAGGAUCGAAUUCCGUCUUGAACCUCAUGCACGACGGGCACGACUAGAGCUUCGUUGUAGUCGGUUAUAAACUUUUACGCUUGCAAAGAUAAAGGAAUUUCAUCAAAAUGGACGAAUCUCUGCUUCAGCAAAACCGUGAUCUUCACGAAGUACUAUCCAACAUCCGCUCGCUGAUAAAUGAAGUCGCAGCAAUGCAAGAGACAAGUUAUGACCUACAGUUGUCAAUGGCAGUCUCACUUAGCCCCGACGUUAUGAGUGGAGUCCGAGAAGCUGUGGCAGUCAUGAAGGAGGCAGAGGCACAACUUUCAUCGCAUUGCAACAACCUUUCAACUGAAGCGGCAGAGGUUAAAAUUGAUUGGAUAGAAAGUGGUGGUGAUGGCACGUCCGGUAAUGUAGUGACUUUAAGCCCGGAUUGCACUGUUUAUGUAAAUGACGAUUAACAUAUUUGUAGGAGCUUGGUUUUUUAUGUAAGCGUAGUCUACAGAUGAUUUGAUAGGACCAGGACCAAUGAUUUAAACUAUCUCAAAUUUACUUUCCAUGUAUGUAAUUUAUUGUUUUAAAGAACAUACUUAUUUAAGAAUAAAAAAGAAUGGAACAGCUCAAAAUUA